AGAUUUGCCAGUAUAAGAAUUCCAGGAAGUAAAAAGGAAAGACCUCCUCUGCCUCAUAUGAAGCAGUCACAUUCUACGGAUUGGUCAUCCACACCUAUGGAUGCGGAGGAGUUUGCUCCAAAACGUCUGUCGGAAAGAGAAAUCAUAGCGCUCUUUGAAAAAAUGAUGGAAGAUAUGAAUUUAAAUGAAGACAAGAAGAUGCCAUUGAGAGAAAAGGAUUUUAAUACCAAAAAAGAAAUGGUGAUGCAAUAUAUUAGCAGUGCUUCAAAGUCUGGAAGUCUCAAGAACAGGCGGAAGAUUUCACCUCAAGAGUUUAUUCAGGAAUUAAAAUCUGGGUCAACAGAUGAGAGACUAGUCACUUGCUUAGAAUCUCUCCGUGUGUCCUUGACUAGUAAUCCUGUCAGCUGGGUUGAAAACUUUGGCCGAGAAGGUCUGGGGCUGCUUUUGGAUGUUUUGGAAAGACUGGUUGAGACAAAAAACCAGGACAAAGUUGUGAAGAGGAGUCAGCAUAAGGUUAUACAGUGUUUGAGAGCCUUCAUGAAUAAUAAGUAUGGAUUGGAAAGAAUUUUGGGAGAAGAAAGAAGCCUUUUGUUGCUGAUCAAAGCAAUUGAUCUCAAGCAAACUAACAUGAUGACGGACAUAGUUAAACUCCUUUCUGCAAUGUGCAUUGUUGGAGAGGAAAGCAUCCUUGAAAAAAUUUUGGAAGCUGUAACAGCAGCAGCAGAGGAAAGGAAUGUUGAUAGAUUCUCUCCUAUUGUAGAAGGUCUUCAGGAUAACUCAGUUCAGCUGCAAGUAGCUUGUAUGCAGCUCAUCAAUGCUCUUGUUACAUCUCCUGAUGAUUUGGAUUUUAGGCUGCACAUCAGAAAUGAAUUUAUGCGCAGUGGAUUGAAAGAGAUAUUGCCACGAUUGAAAUGUAUAAAGAAUGAAGCACUAGAUAUUCAGCUGAAAGUGUUCAAUGAGCAUAAGGAAGAAGACAUGAUCGAGUUUUCUCAUCGUUUAGAAGAUAUUAGGUCUGAACUAGAUGAAGUAAAUGAUGUUUACAACAUGGUGUGGAAUACAGUUAAGGACACCAGCGCUGAAGGAUAUUUUCUUUCUAUUCUCCAACAUCUUUUGCUGAUAAGAAACGAUUAUUUUAUACGUCCACAGUAUUUUAAAUUAAUUGAAGAGUGUGUGUCCCAGAUAGUGUUACAUCGAAGUGGAACAGACCCAGAUUUCACAUACCGUAAAAGAUUAGAUAUAAACUUCAGCCACUUAAUAGAUAUUUGUGUAGAUAAAGCAAGAUUAGAAGAAUGUGAAGAGAGGGCUUCUGAACUCUCCAGAAAAUUUGAAAAAGAUUUUGUAGUUCACCAGGAGACCCAGACCCUACUGCAAAAAAAAGAGGAAAGAAUCAAUGAACUUGAAGCAGAAUUACAAGCUUUUAAAUCGCAGUAUGGCUCCUUGCCACCUGGCUUUCUACCAUCAACACGUGGAGAUGCACCUGUUGUUCCACUGGAAGUUGCAGGACCACAUCAACUGCCACCUCCUCCGCCACCGCCGCUGUCUUCUAAUGGAGUAAUUCCUCCACCACCACCACCUCCCCCUCCUCCUCCACCACUUCUGAAUGGCUUGGGAGUUCCUCUGGCUUUUGGCGGUGCUCCUCCACCACCACCUCUAGCAGGCCUGCCUGGAGUACACUGGUCUCCACCGUCGUGUACUUUGCCGUUUGGAAUGAAGCCUAAAAAAGAAUUCAGACCUGAGGUUACCAUGAAAAGACUCAACUGGUCCAAGAUCAGGCCUCAGGAAAUGACAGAAUCCUGUUUCUGGGUUAAGGCAGAAGAGGACAAAUAUGAGAAUGCUGACAUGCUUUGCAAAUUGGAACUUACCUUUUGUUGUCAGAAAAGGGUAAGAAAAGAGGAGGAAGAUUUUGAAGAAAAGAAAUCCAUUAAGAAACGAAUCAAAGAAUUAAAAGUUUUGGACCCAAAGAUUGCACAGAAUCUGUCAAUUUUCCUUGGCUCUUUCCGAGUGCCUUAUGAGGAAAUCAAAAUUAUGAUAUUGGAAGUAGAUGAAACACAGCUGUCAGAGUCUAUGAUUCAGAAUUUAAUAAAACAUCUUCCUGAACAAGAACAAUUGAAUGCAUUGUCCAAGUUCAAGAGCGAGUAUACUAAUUUGUCUGAGCCAGAGCAGUUUGGAGUUGUGAUGAGCAACGUGAAGAGACUGCGGCCACGGCUCAGUGCUAUUCUUUUUAAACUUCAGUUUGAGGAGCAGGUGAACAACAUCAAACCUGACAUCAUAGCUGUGAGUGCUGCCUGUGAAGAGAUAAAGAAGAGUAAAAGCUUCAGCAAGCUGCUGGAACUAGUAUUGUUAAUGGGAAACUACAUGAAUGCAGGUUCUCGGAAUGCACAAACCUUUGGAUAUAAUCUCAGCUCCCUAUGUAAACUGAAGGACACGAAGUCAGCAGAUCAAACAACAACAUUGCUCCAUUUUCUUGUAGAAGUGUGUGAAGAAAACUACCAGGAUGUCCUGAAUUUUGUUGAGGAUUUUCAGCAUUUAGAUAAAGCUAGUAAAGUCUCAGCAGAAAACCUGGAGAAGAGCCUGAAGCAUAUGGAGAGGCAACUCCAACAGCUUGAGAAGGAUUUGCAGACUUUUCCAGUUCCUGAAGAUAAGCACGAUAAGUUUGUAGCAAAAAUGUCAAGCUUUCUAGUUCAUGCCAAAGAAGAUUUUCAGAAACUUUUACGGAUGCAUGAGAACAUGGAAAAACUCUAUCAGAAUGUGAUGGGAUAUUAUGCCAUUGAUCUGAAGAAAGUUUCGGUGGAGGAGUUUUUAACGGACUUAAACAACUUCAGGACAAUGUUCAUGCAAGCAGUAAAGGAGAAUAUGAGAAAAAGGGAAGCAGAAGAAAAACAGAGGCGUGCUAGAAUAGCUAAGGAGAAAGCAGAAAAAGAAAAACAAGAGAGGCAACAAAAGAAAAAGUGCUUGUUAGAAAUGAAAACAGAAGGUGAGGAGACUGGAGUGAUGGAUAACCUGUUGGAGGCCUUGCAGUCAGGUGCAGCUUUUCGAGACCGGAGGAAACGGAUACCAAGGUCUAAAGACAUACCACAAAAUGUCAGUCCAACUACACAGAGGCCUGUGCUGAAAGCUUGUAACCAUGAGAACCAGAAAGGACAACUAGAGAAGUCAUGUUCGCACCACAGUAUCAGUUUAAACUUGACAAGAAGCCCAGUCACCAAAGAAGUUACUUAUGAUGUGGAAACAAGUUCUUCUACAGGAUGGAACAAGGCCGUGGGGAGAAAGGAAGCCUGUCAUGGAGAAAGCAACAAAGAAAAGAAAACAGAACCUGUCGGGUCUCCUUCUAAGCGAGAAGCCAUGCCAGAAGUAGACGCUCUCCUGGCAAGACUGCGAGCACUAUAG